AUUCUGUGAGGAAUUAUUUGUGAAGCAAAAGGACUUAGCGAAGAAUGUUAAGUGGGUGCAGAUCUGAAUGAUGAAAACAGCUGUUGGGACUCAGAACACCGGAGCACCUUGAGAGGUCACCAUCGAAGACCAAAACUAUUUUUUUGAUUCCCCAAAGCUGUUUCUGCAUUAUGCACUAUGCUCUCCCCCGCACCACCAGUUCUCCCCAAACCCUCCGCUUCCAUCCCACCUCUUCCUACAUCUUUCCAUCCGCAAACCUCUCCUCUUUCCCCUAAUGCUCCUUCCCCCCUAACUUCUACUCCAACCUUCCCAUUGGUUGAUAUCUCCAACAACCCAUCCCCUGACUCCGCCCCUCUUCCGCUAUUUCCUUUAUCUCCACCUUUAUGUAAACAGAAUUCCCCACCUCCAUUAACAGCUUCCUCAUCUCACAUUAGCUCAAAACCAUUUCCUCAUCCAUCCCAGAAACCCAUGUCUCCUCAAGUCCCAAAGCCACCUCUGCCAGCACAGCUCCCUUCCGCAAUUCCAAAGAAUCCUCCACCUCUUGUAGCUAGGCCCUCAUCUCCACCUCAUCCCAGACCUCCUCCACCAGCAGUCUCAAAACCACCCGUCACUACAUCUCCAGUCAGCAAGACCAACAAGCCAGUGCCUCCUGGUAUCAGCAUCUUGGAGAAACUGAUUAAAACAUGUCCAGUGUGGCUCCAGCUAGGAAUGAAGCAGGACAGAGCCAUGACUAUACUGAGAAAAGAGAAACCUGGGAUAUUUUUAGUCAGGAGGGAUGUCAGUCAGAAACAGAUGGUGCUGUCAGUCCGUCUUCCUGACCAGCAGGGGGAGCCCCAGGUCAAGGAGCUGUCUGUGAAAGAAGAAAAGUCCUUGUUGUACCUUGAAGGGUCAGUUUUGGUCUUCGAGAACAUUUUUAAGCUGAUCGCUUUCUACUGUGUUAGCAGGGACAUUUUACCAUUUCCCCUGAAGUUACCUCAGGUCAUCCUUCAGGUGACUAAAUACGAGGACAUGGAGGUGAUCUCUUCUCUUGGUUCAGAGUUCUGGAGUUCAGCUCUAAAUAGUCAUGAGGAAGUGGAAAACGUUGGUAGCAGUUGUGGCGCUCAGGAUAAGCCAGGGCAAAGCAGUUCCUGUGAAAUCCAGCUUUCUAUUGGCAAUGACCGGCUUUGGUACGUCAACCCGAUUUUCAUCGAGGAAUGCAGCAACAACAGGCCGCCCACCUCACCUACCCCAGUCUUAAGAACCCAGAGCCUCAACACGCCGAUCCAGGCUCCGCCCAAAUACAAAAGACCUCCGCCUUUGCGUCCUCGACCUCCUAGUGCACCAGAGUGUUCACUACAACAUACGUUAGGCAAGUCAACAAAAGGGGAGUUCAGGGCAGUUCUCACUUCUCCACCCCCGCCACUCCCAAAAGGGGAAGGAAGUGACUUUGAGCAUACAGAACGAGAACAAGAGCAACAGGGAACUCCUGCCUCAGGCAUCGAGUGUGACACAGUCAAGCCAGCUGUUUUACAGGCAACUCCAAGCACGAAACCUGUUUCACAUAGAGUUCCUCCAGUACCGACCCGGCGCAGGCUGUCUGAAAAACAACCUUCAGAGGAACCCAUGCAGCAGGAGGUCACCAUCAGCACCUCCACUGAGGUAGAGUCAGAAGACAAAGUUCCACAAGUUCCAGUAGCACCUCUCAUUUGCCUAGAUGACAAUAUUGAAGAAAUGGAAGAGCCGGUGGAUUCACAAACUCAGGAAGUGUCCGUAGAGGAGCCUCAAGUAACUAUUGGAGCUCCUCCAACGGUUGAAGUAAAGAGGCCUGACGUCCCAGUGGCACCUCCCAGGAGAAAUAGACCGUCUCAAAAUCCAUCCGGAAAAGCUCUUGGAAACUCGGCCGUGCUGAGUACACAUGUGUCCACUUCCAUCCCUCCAUUGAACAACAGCAGCCCAACUCUCGUCCACCACUCGCACUGCAUCAACAGUGGUCAUCCCAAAGUCUCUGAUGUUUCUCUGUACUCCCCCGAAGGUGGAGCUCCACAGCCAGAGAACGAUUCCUACUCAACCAGUAGCACGGAGGAAGAGACGGACAACAUGGCAACAGGGGCUCUGAUAAAGAGGACCCCGACAAUCAUGCUGGACCGCGCCAAGCAACGACUGUCCAUAGUGUCCAUGGCGAACCUUUCUAACGUCCUUACGGGCUUCAUGAGUGCGGAUCGUAAGCUUCAGAAACGCAUUGUGGAGCUGGCCCGGGAUGGAAACACGUACUUUGGGAACCUUGUCAGAGAUUAUCGAGCAUUUACUUUGGAUACCAUGAGGAAACACACAUCUAGCACAGAGAUGCUCCAGGAGAUCAGGCAGAUGAUGACUCAACUGAAAAGCUACUUGAUCCAGAGUGCAGAGUUGCAAAAUCUACAGGAGGCAGCCGCAUAUUCUGAGGAGAAACUGGAGAUCAUUAUUGAAGUAGCAAUAUGCAAAAGUGUCCUAAAGCCGUUGCGGGAAGCAGUCUAUAACGGAUUAAAGGACAUCCACUCCCAUGCAGGUAAUCUGAAGAAACUAAAAGAGAACCAACAAGUGGUUCUGGUGACCACAACCACUGACCUGGGGGUCAAUACCAGCGUUCCUGAAAUGGCCAUCAUUGAUAAGAUUCAAAUAAAGCUUGGUAACCUACACAAAGAAUAUUCACCUCAGAAGAAGAUCGACCUGCUCCUCAAAACCUGCAAGAUCAUCUACGAGUCAAUGUCCGUGGGCAGUCAAGGAAAGGCACAUGGGGUUGAUGACUUCCUGCCUGUGCUGAUGUAUGUGUUAGCUCGCAGUAACAUCAGUGCUCUGCUGCUGGAUGUGGAGUAUAUGAUGGAGCUAAUGGAUCCUGCACUCCAACUUGGAGAGGGUUCAUACUAUCUCACCACUACCUAUGGAGCUCUGGAACACAUCAAGAAUUUUGAUAAACAGGCUGUGACCAGACAGCUGAGUCUAGAUAUCCAGGACUCUAUUCAUCGCUGGGAGCGCAGACGUACCCUGAACAAAGCCCGAGCAUCACGCUCCUCUGUGCAGGACUUCAUAAACGUGUCCUUUCUGGAGGCUGGAUCCAACACCAAGACCUUAGGGGUGCGUCCAAACACUACCGCUCAGGACCUGUGCAAUCAGUGCGCUGAGAAAUUUGAGGUAUUGGACCCUGAGUCCUACUGCCUGAGUAUGCUGAUGGAUGGCCAUUACAAGCCACUGCCUCCUGAGGAGUUCCCUCUCGCAAUCAAAUCCAGCCUGCUCCACAGCGAGCCACGCAAGGAGUAUUACUUUGUGUACCGCCACGGUCGCUGGCCGGAACAAGAAACUGAGGAGACUGCUCCUACGCCUGCACCCGAGGAAAGCUUGAUAUGAAAUGUGUGUACGUGUGUGAAAAAGCAUUUUGAGGUGCUGGAAUGGAUAACUUUAAUAUACAGAAGAAUGUACCAGAUGCACAUUUUAGCUAACAUUACAAUAUCUAACCACAAUAGCAGAAUGUGUCAUUCGCCCACGGAAAUAACGCAAGUGACUGCCUUUAGGCAACCAGCAGUUGCUUUUAAAGGAAUUUUGGAAAGUACAGGUUGUGCCGUUGCAAUGUUCCAGGAUUGAAUCCUCCCUUUAAAGAUCAAAUAAUUUCCUUCUAAAAACGCCCGGCAUGCUUCAGUAUUUUUUUAUAUUUUUGACACACAGACACACUCACUCAACAAGAGAUUAUCCUUUACCUUCUUGUUAGUCUUUGAAAGUCCAACAUUAAACUUUCAAACAAUACAGCCAAAGCUUUUCACAUCUCAGGGUUUGUGACUCAUACCUGACUCCGGUGCUGAUUUCUUGAUAUAUUCAUAUUUUUUAGAGCACUGCAUCUUUACAGACCUUGAACUGGUUUGCACCUGCACUGCUCUCAGUUUAUAUUCUGAGUCAUUUGCAAGACAGAUAUGCUCUCUGUGUUGUGUAUUGAUAAAUUUCACAGUGUAUUGUUGCUGCUUGUUUAUAUCUGACAACUAAUAUAAUGGUUUAAGCACAAGCUCUGAUUUUGUGGACGCAAUAUGAACAUAUUGUAGAAUGUAGGUAUUACACAAGUUGUGUCUGUUACAAUAAGCAACAAGUCAAACCAAAGACAGGUGUUUGGUAUUAGUUUAAAUUUCUAUAUUGGUAAUAAAUACCUUUUGUAUUGUUUAUGUGUUUAUUGUUAAGUGUGUAUUACAGGACAUGACCAUUGCUAAUAAUCAAUACUCAUAGUGUUUGGUCAUAAAUUGGGAAAUCUGAAUUUUUGAAAGGUUUUAAUAAUAAUAAAAAUAAAAAAUCUGUCAUCAUUUAUUCACGCUCAUGUCCCUCAUGGUUUGUGUUUACUCAU